AUGCAUGACAGCCCUGCGGGCGCCCCGGUGGACAUCACCGCGUUCCUGCGGCCGGUCCAGUCGCAUGACCUCAAGCAGCUGCGCAUGCUCGCGUCGCUUUGCGGCUUGACAUACUACAUGGGUACCCAGGUCACACCCCGCUCCCUGCUGCAGCGCCACCGCCUCGACCUUGUCAGCACCAGCCUUGCGUGCGAGCGCAUAGCCUACGAGCACCAGGCGGGGGCACGGGAGGUGGUAGAGGAGGGCGACGGCUGCUGCAUCAGCGCCGCCGACGCGGCGGCGAUCUACGCUGACCGGGACAGCUGCAUGGACGCGGCCGCCGCGGACGUCGGCGCGGCCGCGGCCAACAUUGUGCCUUUCUCGCGGUCCCUGGUUGGCGCCUCUGUGCAGCAGAACCAGCAGCGACGGCGGCAGGCGGCGGCGGCUGCCGCCGCCGCGGUGACCUCGGGUGGUGCCCCUGUGUUGCUCGCGCCGGCCGCGGCUGCAAGUUCUUCCAGCAGCAGCGAUAGCGACGGCGACGAUGUUGGCGGCAGCAGCAAGCCCAAUGGCAGCGGCGGCUGGAAACCGGCCGACCUCGUAGCCGCGAAGCUGGGCGAGGCCGCGGCCGCCGCAUCUGCCGCCGCCCUCGCGCCGCUCGCGCCGCUCGCCUCUGCCGCCUCCGCGGCCUCCGCCGCCGCGCUGGCGCCCCUCGCCUCCGCCGCCGGCAGCCUCUACGCAGGCGGCCUCGGCCUCGUGUCCUCGCGGCUGCUGCCGACCGCGGCGCAGCUGCCGCUGCCGCUGCCGCUGCCGGAGCGCCUCGCGGGCGCGGCCAUUGCCGGCAUUGCGGGCAUGGAGGUCGCGGCCAGCCACCCCAACGGCGGCGAAGUCAAGGCGGCGAGCACCAGCCCGGCCGCAUGCCCCAGCGAAUGGUUUGUCGCAGAUGACCCCCGCGGCCACACGCGGUACUUUGUCAUCCAGGGCAGCGACUCCCUGGACCACUGGAAGACCAACCUAAUGUUUGAGCCGGUGCCGUUUGAGGGCGAGGAGCUCGGCAUCAAGGUGCACCGCGGCGCGUACGAGGCGGCCUGCGCGCUGUACGACCGCUUCCUGCCGCUCGUGCAGGAGCAGGUCCACUCUCACGCCCUUGCCAGGGUCGCCUUCACGGGCCACUCCAUCGGUGGCUCCAUGGCCACCCUCCUGGCCCUCAUGUUCCGCCACCGCGGCGUGCUGCGCGCAGACCAGCUCGCCCCCACCGUCACCUUCGGCUCCCCAGCCAUCCUCUGCGCCCGCGCCCGCGGCAGCCGCGGCGGCGGCAGCGGUAGUGGCGCCUGCGGCUCGGCGUGUUCCGGCUGCGCCGCGCCAUGCGCGCGGAACGGCGGCGGUGCGGGCUGCGGCUGCGGCGGCGGGCUGCUGGAGCGGCUGGGGCUGGCGGAGGGCGCGGUGCGCAACGUGAUCAUGACGCGGGACAUUGUGCCACGCGCGUUCGCGUGCGACUACAGCCUGGUGGCCGACAUUCUCAGGAGCUGGGGGCCGCAGUGGAGGUGGGCGCCGGGGUGGACCACGACUGCCUGA